AUGUUUAAUGUUCGAGAAGAGAUUUCUCUGGAGCGUUGGCCAAAUGACUGCAAAGUAGCUGUUAUUCCAAUAAUCAAUGCGGAAGUCUUCAUAAAAGGUCAUGGUGGUCCUUGCAUUCAGCCACAUUUAAGUAAUCUCACGCCCGAUAUUGCCAAUAGCGGGUGGCGUGAUUAUGGCAAUCGACAAGGAACAUCUCGACUUCUGAAUACAUUUUCCAAUUUGCAAAUACCAGUUAGUAUUGCUAUGAAUUCAUAUUUAAUUGAUCAAGAACCGGACGUAUUCGAAGAAAUCAGAGUACACGCAACACACAAUGAAAAUAUCGAUAUCAUAGGUCAUGGUCUUACAAAUUCUUUAUCUGCUGUAAAACACAUAUCAUUCGAAGAGCAAGUCAAACAAUCCUUAAAUCAAAUUCAACAAGCUGUAGGUCAUGAGCAAAGGCCACACGCAUGGCUGACGCCUGGAUUCGCUGCACCGGAAGACUCAGCGAAAAUCUUAGUUGACAACGGUAUUCGCUUGUCUUUGGACGCCACAAAUGACGAUAUUAUAUAUGAACUAAAAUCAUCACCUGACGACGACAAAGGAUUAUUCAUUCUACCCUAUUCAAUGGAGACAAAUGACAUAUCCUUAUGCAUGUGUCAAGGUUAUACCGGUGAGCAAUAUGCCCAAACAUUAAUCGAUUAUAUUUAUGAAUUAGCAUCGGAAGAAACAACAAAAGCAAAAGCUGUUUGUUUAGGACUGCAUACGUUUAUUGUUGGUACACCGGCAAAAGCUUUUCAUUUCAAACAAGCACUACAGACGAUUCAACAAAUACCCAAUACAAAUUCAACUGAUGCAAAUCCAUGGCGCAAAUGGUUUGGCAUUAUUUGGUUAUUAGUUGAAGUAAAUCUUAUCAGCGCGAAUAUAUUUGGCUUUUCAGCACUUUUCAAAGUUUUGCCUAAGUAUGGUAUUUAUGGUAAAUAUUGUGAGUUAUCCACGGUCUUGAAUUCCACGAAUGACGAUUGCAGUGGCCAAGCGCAGCAAUACCAAAUAACAAGCUAUGCAGCAUGUACUUACUUUUCGAAGGGACGAGCAGUUUUACUAACUCUCUUAGUUGGAUCGAGUUUAUCAGCAUCGAUUUGGUAUUCGAUUUUUCAAGUUUUAAUUGAUAAUGGUAAAAUAACGUUAUCUCAAUUAUCUUAUGUCUGGAUGUCAUUCGGAGCUCUCAUGUUUAUCUCGUCGUUUUUAUUUCUUGACUGGAAAUUUCCAAUAUUAAACCUUGGAUACACCAUGGAUACAAAACUAGAACAAACUCAAACCAUAUCAACCAUCAAUGCAAAUAAUAAAAGCAAAUGGUAUACAAACAUCUACCAACGCGUUGGAUUUUGGAAAUAUCUACUGAAUUCGUUGUAUAUUUUGGUCGUUCUUUAUUUAAGUAUUCUAUUGAUGCCAAAUAUCCUUCUGUCAGUCACGUGGUAUCCAUGGGUUUACUACAUUAGUCAGAAUGAUAAAACAAUCAGUGAUCAGUAUACAUUUGCAUUCAAUAUGGCAUCGUUAUCUCAAAUAAUUCUUUGUCCAAUGGUUGGCCUUUUUCUCGCAUUUCGAGCAGAACAAAGUCCAAAACAAAAACUAUUGAAUGCUGCGAUUGUGCAAACAUUAGCAUGGAUUUUGAAUAUACUAUUAUGUAUCAUUUGUAUGUUCGUCAAUUCGGCAGUUAUUGUUCCUGCAUUGGUGUUUAACUAUAUUGCUCGUUCAGUUAUUGUAGCUGGAUCACAAGCUGUCAUUUCUACAUUUUUUCCGUCGGAAUACAUUGGUAGAUUGACUGGUAUUAUGUGGACAGUAGCAGGAGCGAUAACUUGUAUUCAAUAUGGACUUGUUCAUUUAACAGCAGAUAUACUUCGAUCAUGGAGAGCAUGGGUCAUUGUUUUGGCACUAAUUGUAUGCAUGUCUUGUCAUUUAAUUCAAAUUUGGUAUAUUACAUUGAAAAAGUCUCGAACUCGCGUCUCCAAUGCCGAUCAAGUUCAGUCCGCAGUUAUGUCUUUGCCUGACUAG